UAACUCUCAGUAUUACAUUUACAUUCAACAACACCACAAACUACACAAAUUAACCGUUAGCUCCUAACAACCGCUGAAUCAUCUCCAUGACAACUGAGCGAACUACAAACUCCAAGUGGAGCUUGUGAUGAAAUGUUUUUGUGUCAAACUCUGUAAAACAGUUUCAGAACGGCAGGAUUUAUCGCUGAUGUUUUAAACAGCAAUACUUUCAGCUACGUGUAAAUAGUAAACUGGCAGGACAUGCAAAAACACAGCAGCAACCAACUGGCUUUUGGUCCUUUUUUCCAUGAUGAAAAAAUGCACGGUAUUCAGUCUGAGCUGCAUUUGCCCGGAUUCACAAAAGUGGGAGAAGGAUGUGGUGAUAGGCUAUCUGUCGGCAGUAGUCGAGAGAAGAAACAACAUGGAAUUACAACUUAAAAUCUGCCUGCAGGUCAUUUUCUGGCUUUGUUUUGAAGGACUUCUGCAGGAUGUGGCUGCAGGCUUUAAUCCGACUUCUCAAAGAACUGCCUCCUCAGUGUCUGAUGCAAACCUGAUGUUUGAGUUCUUGCUGGGCGGGGUAGAAAUCGACCAGGACAACAACAUUGUUCUGCUUGACAAGGAGAUGGCAUCAAUGAGGCCGGGGCGGGCCUUCCUGGCUCAGAUCAAUGACAACAUUCCCAGAAGUUUGAGCCCCAUGGUGCAGAUGGUGGACACGCUAAAGAGUCAGAGAAAGAGGCCGAUGACUCAGGCUCAGUUUGAGACUCUUGUCCUGAGCCUGGUGUACUCUGCCCACCAGGCCUGGCACCAGGAGACGAAAGAGGAACAGGAGCGCUGGGGAGGAGUGCUCCUCCAGCUGGUAAACGUCACUGUCCAUGAGCUACGUGGAAAUGAUCUCUACAGUUAUGCGUAAUACAGAUGCUGUUCUGUAUGAUAUGAAGGUGUGUGCAAUAAAUCAUUUGACUUAAAAUGUGUGUUCAUUACUU